AUGACGGGGCCCAGCGAGUGUCCAGGUCUCCGGUCUGUUCAGCGGUCAGGCAGCCCCUGUGACUGCCCAUGCGAAACCCAGGCUCUGCGGGCAAGUGGACUGCCGGGCACCUGGACUCCUCAGGACCCCCACACGGGGGCGUGCGUGUGCCCCCCUCACAGAGCCCAGCUCAGCGAGCGCCCGCAGUGCGAGGCGGGGUGGCGGGGCGCUGGUGCGCGGCCCGAGCUCCAGCCGGGGCGGGGAGCGGGGGGCACCCUGCGGCCGGGGGCCGCUCCUGGGGGUGAGCCAGGACACCAGGACCUGACUCCCCUGUGCGUGUGUCCCGGGCCGGCCCAGGCACUGUUCUUGCACCUCAUCUGGGGCCCGUUAGCAAUGAACCUGCCAAGCGGCAGUCUGAGGCAUGAAUGGGAAAAGCGGCUCUGCGGUCCCCUUCUCCCAGGGACCAGCCAGGGCUGCGGUCAAACCCCAGCCCCUGGACUCUCCCCUUACCUCACCUCGCUGCUCCUGCCCUCCCGGGGCUCACUUACCAUCCUGAGCCGCUAUCCCUACGCCUUUGGGGGAGUACAGGACAGCUCCUUGCACUUUGCCUCCAAACAGUCUUUUGAGGUUCACCUGUGCAGCCCAACUCCGUUUCAGAGGUCCACAAGAGGUGAAGGCUGCAGAUGUGACCAGAGGGUCAGCAGCAUAGAUACGGUAUCUGAUGCUCCAGUACAAGCUAGGAGCCCCCGGGUGGAGGCUGGGGACGCGCGACCUUUGUCCCUCACAGUCCUGAGUCUCGUCACACACCCUGCUGGGCAGUGCAUGCCAUUGCACCCGCUUCUCCGGAGAGUGCCAGUGGUCCCGGCCCCCUGGGGCCUACCAAUGAGCAGGGGCGCCCGGGCAGGUGCCCAGGGGCUGCAGGGCGAGGCUCAGUGGGAUUACGGCUCCAGGAGAGGGUCCAGCCCACCUUCCCUGCGGGCGGGAAGGAGGGAGAGGCCGUCCCCGGCCAGUGCCCGACUUCGGCCUCAACAGGCGCCAGGUGACCCAGGCCUCCCCUUCACAGAGACCCGGGGGAAGAGCACCAAGUCCUGGCUGGGUCUGAUCCUGCUCUUCGCCGCGCUUCUGGGCUUCUACAGCCAGGAUGAAAACGGCGUGGCUCUGCAGAGGACGCUGCUGGAGAAGGAGCCCAGGGCCGGCCUGGGCGUCCAUGGCUCCUCCCCCCCGGAGCGGGGCUCUCCCCAGGCUGGUUUGUCGCCCUCGGCUGUGGCGUCGCUUCGGGCAGACUGGGCACCAGGCGCCCAGACGCGGCCGGCCGUCGUGUCCGAGGUGUCUUCGCCCAGCUUCCCGCCCCCGGUCGCCUCACCUGGCCACACGGCCGAGCUCAGCAGGCACGGGGAGCUCUCCUCAGUGGGGGCUGUAACGGGGUGGCCCUCAGGACCCCGGCCGGGCCGCAGAGCAGUGCUUCUCCCAGUGCCAUCAGCUCUGAGCGCCCUGUUUUCCUCCCUCAGUGAAGGCGACGGCCGCCUGGACACCUGCAGGAUACCUGAAGUCCCCAGGUUGCUUUACCCCAAGGCCCAGCUGCUCAAGCCCUCGAGAGUGGACGUACUGGUCAUGACCCCCUGGUUUGCUCCCAUCAUCUGGGACGGGACCUUCGACUCUGCCAUCUUGGAUGCGCAAUUCAGAGACACCACCAUUGGGCUGACUGUGUUUGCCAUUAAAAAAUACGUGGUCUUCCUGCGGCUCUUCCUGGAGACGGCGGAGAAGUACUUCAUGGUGGGACACAAGGUCACCUACUACGUCUUCACCGACCGGCCGGCGGACGUGCCGCAGAUCGCCCUCCAGGCCGGGAGGCAGGUGGUGGUCCUACACGUGGGGAGCUACAGACGCUGGCAGGACAUCUCCAUGCACCGGAUGGAGAUGAUCAGCAAUUUCUCCCGGCAGCGCUUCCUGCGCGAGGUGGAUUACCUGGUGUGCCUGGACGUGGACAUGAAGUUCAGCGACCACGUGGGCGUGGAGAUCCUGGCGCCGCUCUUCGGGACCCUGCACCCUGGUUUCUACGCAGCCGACCGCCAGUCCUUCACCUAUGAGCGCCGGCCCUUGUCCCGAGCCUACAUCCCGAGAGACGAGGGUGACUUUUACUACGCGGAGGCUUUUUCGGGGGGUCGGUCCCUGAGGUUUACCGGCUCACCACGGCCUGUCACCAGGCCAUGA